UCAGCGAGCGGCGGCGCCUUCACCCCUGCGAUCUACCCCAACGGAGACCAUCUGAAGAGAGGACCAUGACUGCAGCCCUGGCCGGUCUCCUGGUUGAACUCUCCUGAUCGCUUUUCCAUCACUUUUGCAUCGAAGCACCAGCUUGUCCCCUGCACCGUCCUGCACACCCAGACCCCUGCAUUUGUUUUCGUUAGGUAGACUUGGUGACAAUGACCGGAGUGUUUGACAGCUUAGUGUCAGACAUGCAUUCAAACCAAAUGACCUCCAGCAGUUAUCACGGGCUCCACAAAUCGCAGGAAUCCCCCACUCUGCCAGUGUCCACGGCUACCGACAGCAGCUAUUACACCAACCAGCAGCAACACUGCGGAGGGGGGUCCCCUUAUGGACAGCUGGGAUCUUACCAGUUCCACGCCACUGGCAUCAACGGGAUCUCUUACUCUGCCAAAUCCUAUGAUCUGACAUAUAAUGGUUCUUACAGCACAUAUGGACCCUAUGGAACAAGCCCAUCCCCUACACACAAUGACCCAGAGAAGGAAGAGGGUGAGCCAGAAGUCAGGAUAGUGAAUGGCAAACCAAAGAAAGUCCGGAAGCCCAGAACCAUCUACUCCAGCUUCCAGCUGGCUGCCCUGCAGAGGCGAUUCCAGAAAACCCAGUACCUGGCCCUGCCCGAGAGGGCCGAGCUGGCCGCAUCCCUGGGCCUGACCCAGACACAGGUGAAAAUCUGGUUUCAGAACCGGAGGUCGAAGUUUAAGAAGAUGUGGAAAAGCGGCGAGUUACCGACCGAUCAGAACCCGGUAGGCAGCGAGUCUCCGACGUGUAACUCGCCCUCCUCCUCCGCAGUGAGCUGGGACUUUGCAUCACACCAGAGGCUGCAGGGAUCGGGGUCUCUCCAGCCCCCCAACUCCGGAUCCAGCCCCAGCCCAUUCCUGGGCAACUACUCCUGGUAUCAGACCUCCAACCCAGCCUCACACCUCCAGUCUAACCCAUUAUUACAGCAGCAACAGCAUCACCUCCACCACCACAGCACUGCGGUCACUGCUGGGACUAUCUUCUGAAUCCCGUGUAAAGGGAUCACAUGAACUGAUAAGCAACAGGUUGGAAAACUAAUGACCUCUUUACUGGGAGAUCUGCUUUCUGUGUCACUGAUCACAGGGAGAGCUGGGAGGGGGCAGCCGCAGGUUCACAAGUCACACGGGUGAUAUGAUCAUUUUACCCCACUGACACUCCAUGAAAAAAAAAAA